AUGGCCCUGCUGGCUCUGGCCACCCGCACAGGCCUCCGGCGAUUGAUGCCGGAGGUUCGGGCCCUGGCCCAGGGAGCGCACCUGCGAUUCUUCGCGGAGGCUGCCGCCCAGCAGAGGGAGGAGGACCCCAUCCUGACCCUGUUCCGGGAGAACCAGCGGCAAUUCCGGGAGUUCCUCAAGGGACUCCAGGGCAUCCCCUUCCCCCUGUCUGGUGAGAAGACCGCGGUGGCGCAGUACAAGGACCGCGUGGAGGCGCUGCGCUCCGAGGUCGGCGCCCGCACCGUGGAAGACGCGGUGCGCGAAGAGCUGGCAGCGGCCGCCGCGCGCCAGCCCGCCUCGCUGGCGGAGCUGACGGCGGCGCUCAGCGCCUCCUCCGACCCCGCCGCCGUUGCCGCGCACGAUGCGCUGGUGGCCUGGGCCCAGGACGUGUCGGACUGGCUGGAGGACUUUGAGGACCGGCGCGGCGACGACCUGCCCGACGCGGCGGCCACCGCCGCGGUGGAGGCCGAGCUGGCCUCGGGCCGCCUGCUCUCCGGCCCCGACGCCCGCUCCGACGUGCACCCCGCCGAGUCCGAGUUCUGGACCAAGGCUGCGGAGUGGGAGGCCGGGCUGGAGCGCGUAGGCGCGCUGCUGGCCGCCCUGCCGGAGGUGCCCAUCACCGACGCGCGCGUGGCGGAGUUGGUGACCGGCGAGUACCAGGCCCUGGUGGACCAGGCGCGCACCGUGGUGGCCGACGAGCUGGCCAAGGCCGACGACCUCACCGGCGCAGGCACCGGCGGGCUGCCGGAGGAGAUCAAGCCCAAGCUGGCUUGA